CCACCCUCUUUCUUGUUCUUUGAUGGUGGAAGGAUAAGAGUUUCGAAUUUUAUGGAUGCACCUAAGGUAGUUCCUAUGGAGGACCUUGUUCAGGCUUUGAUGGAUUAUCUGGUCGACCCAGUUUUACCAUUGAAGUCCUCUACUCGUGAUGCUUCAUCACUCUCUCAGCAACAACGGGUUGCAAAGCAGAUGCAUGCAGUGGUGAUGCUUUACAACUACUAUCACAGGAGACAAUUUCCAAAGCUUGAAUUUCUAUGUUUUGAGUCAUUUUGCAAGGUAGCUGUAAAUGCAAAACCAAAUUUAUUGGCGCAUAUGAAACUCAUGCAAGGAUGCAAUUUUGGAGAGUGUGACCGGGACCAACAGCUUUCAAUCACGGAGAAUGUCAUCAUGGAUGCAUGCAAUAUUUGUGUAGAUUUAGAUGCUUCAAAAGAUGGUCCUAGCAUGGAGGGAUGGCCUAUUUCUAAAAUCACCAUUUUUCUAAUUGACUUCAUGAAAAAGAACUGUUUGCUGUUUUUUGGCUCUAUAACCGAGGGCGUUUGGUCACUGAUAGAAAAGGACCUUGAUGAGCUCAAUCCCCUGUCUGAAGGUAUUUUGGAGAGAAAAGAUACUAACAAAAGGAAAAGAAUCACUAAAAGAUCUUUGAGGGAUGAACUGAGUGCUGAGGAGUCUGGUUUUCAGCAACUUGCAUUUUCAGCUGUUAAAGAAAGGACAAAUAUUGAUCAGACUGAUCUUAUGGUUUUGGAAAGCCAUGUUGUUUAUUCAAUAACCAAAAGGAAGACAGCUGCUUGUUUUUAUAUAAUGCAAUGUACCAAGCCAAUCAAUGAGGAUAUCAUUCAAGUUCCUAUAAAGGAUGCUAUUAACAGUUUGCAGGGUCCCUUGGUGAAGAAGAUUUCCAGCACUUACAUGGUAACCCCUGCUGUUGAAUUUUUCCAUUUAUUGCCUUAUGCUGGGAUUAUGUCAGACUGGUUUUCCAGGGAGGAGAAUCCAAAUAAGUCGUCACUUUUACAGUUGGGACCAGGAAAUGUAAAUAUAGGUUCUUCUCUGAGUGCAAAAAAAGCUUCCUCUGUUGAAGUGGAUGACAGCAGUGAUAUAUCUAACAGAACCUUUGAAACUGCACAUAGAAUGGAUGACAAAACAAUUGAGAGAAUUGAUGAAACUCUAUACCAGAAAGAAAUUGACAAAGGAAAGAGUAUUCCAAGGGAAGUUCCGGCCAACCAUCUUGAGGGAAAGAUCAUAGCCUCCAGUGAAGAUGAUUUGGAUUUUACCAGAAGCAGUUCCAAAUAUAAGGUGGAGGUGUUUGAUACUAUGGUUAAGUCAUACGGCAAAGAAAACACAGGUGUAAAGGUUGCUGAUGAAAAUGAUAUGUGGAAUUUUGGCUUGCAUGGUUGCGAUGCAACACCCAUGAGAGAUCAUCUGCUUGUACCUUUGAAGUCCAAUGGCCAAGAGCCUGAGCAAAACCUUGCUGUAAUGGCGUCAAAGGGAGAUGAAUUGUUACAGACUGCCUUGAAAUUGCUUCAGAAGAAACGAGAUAAUCUGGUAUGUACUCAGUCCCAGCAGCAACGUGACCUGGAAGAUGAGAUUGCUCACUGUGAGAAGAUCCUCCAGAAAAUCUUAAGUGGUGGCAAAGAUGACUUGAUAUUAAAGAUAGAGUCCAUACUGGAAGCUUGUAGGGUUGCAUGUUCAAGAGGGACUACCCAAACUUAUGGUGCAACCCAGCUACAUAUGGAGAAGCAAAGUUCGCCUCAAUCCCUGAAUAGGAGGAGAUUGUCUGAGGCCAUUCUUAAUUUACAGAAUCCAUGUCAGGAGUUGGAUGCUAUAUGCCUACAGAACAACUGGAUAUUACCAAGAUAUAGUGUAUUUCCAUUAGAUGGAGGCUACAAUGCCAAUGUAACAGUGAAAGGAAUGGACUUUGAGUGUCCGUGUAGUGGGGACAUACAGGCUAACCCCAGGGAAGCUAGGGCAUCAGCGGCAUCAAAUGUGCUGAGGAAAUUACGUAUUAUGGCGAGUCAAGUGAAGUAAUUCAUUCUUCAGAUCGCAAUAAGUUGAAUACCAGAGAAACUCCCAUUUGGUCGGACCAGUCCUGUUCCUUGUGAUGCAACUUUUGUUAGCAUUUGUCACUACCAAGCUUAAUAUACCGGUAGGAUCUUGUUUUUAGGUUUUAUUCAACACCAUCAACCAAUAUGGAAUGACCAGUAUGGGCAGUCCUGUG